AUGUCGUUCUUCGGGUUCGACGCGACUCUACCGCGAGACCGCGGCCACCAGGCCUACAAGCCCGGCUUCGGAGCGACUCCGGAUGCGUUUGCUGGCCUCUCCGGCAGAGACGACGAUGCUGACGCUCUCGACUUUGAAGACACGUACGACGGUCUGGGCGACCGGCUCGACGAAACCGACGAUGCCUUCAACGACGACACGUUCGGUGGCGAGCCGGCCACUCAGCAGAAUGUCGCGAAGGACUUUGACUUCUCUGGGCAGACGGCCAAGAUUGCAAACACUUUGCAAGAGGAGCAGAUGUUGUACACUGCCCGACAGCCUCCGCCGAAAGCCAGUCCGCCGAAGAGAGCCGCAAAGCCUGCCAGGACUGGAUAUGAGAAUUACGCCCAGCCGGACUACAUACCCAAGUUGGAGGCCAACGCGGGUCUGUGGGGUAUCCCCCCAAAGAAAGCCUCUCCCCAGCCACAGGCUCAUCAGCGUCAAGAGAGCCAAGGAGCUCCAAUCGCAGCUGAAUCUUCCCGCAAGAUGAUGAGUCUCGAAGAGGUGGAGGCGGCGAUGCGAGCCCAGAGCAGGAAGCCAGCAGCUCCACAGCCUCAAGUGCCCCAGGCACCACAGCUUUUUGCCCCUGUUCCGCCAGCGCAGCCGUCGCCGGCCGAGUUUUCGCAUCAGGCAGGGUUUGGCGUACCACCACAGAUCCUGCAGCGACCUCAGGCAGCGUACGAUCAGCGACCUCUGUCGGCUCCUCGUCCACCAGCUCAAGCUGAACUGCCACCUCAAGGUGUUCAGCAUCCUCAGAUUCUGCAGCGUCAGCGCCCCGUCCAACCCGAACCUGUCGCUCAUAGGCAAGCGCCUCAGCAGCCCGCCGCACAGCCGCAGAGGCCGCCCUCGCAGCCUCGGCAAAUCUUGCAGAAUCCCAACCGCCUCUCAGGUCAGGGCCAGCCGAUUGCACAGCCAGGGCCACGUCACGGUAUGCAACAGAUGGGUCCCGGCCACCAGCGCGGGCCAUCCUACCCAGCGAACGUGGUCACGUAUCCCCAGCAAAUACUCGACAUGUCCUCCGAAGAGCGUGCUGCGCAUCUUGAAGCAGAAGCUAAGCGAGCUAAGCGCAACUACAAGAUCCAUCUUCUUUCGAAAGACAACGGUUUGAUGACACCUCAGGAUAAGAACUUUAUUACUAGGAUACAGCUGCAACAGCUUGUCACUGCAACGGGCGGUGUCGAUGAUCAAGGACCAGAAGCAGCACUAGCGGAGGACUUCUACUACCAGGUUUAUUCUCAGAUUCGGGGUGCGCCCCGGCAAAAUCCGAACCAACCUGCCAGCCAGUUCGCUCAAACCUAUCUCUUUCAGACCGGCGGACGGUAUGGCAACAACCGCCGACGCCCCCGUGGCGGUGAUAACCACAUCCAGCGCAUGGAGCAGCAGGUCCAGCGUGCCGUCGAAGCUGCCAAGGCCAAGCCGAAGAACAAGCAGUUGGUUAUUGAGGGAAGCUUAGGCAAGAUUUCUUUUAGCAACGCGAAGACGCCGAAACCUCUGCUGAACAUCAAGCGGACGGAGAGCGGCACCCCGCGGCCAGAAAGCGCGGCUCGUCGGCCAAGCCACAUGCACCGAGAUCCCACUACAGCUGACCGAAAGGUUGUCUUGAAGGACAUUGAGAACGUGUAUAGCACUUUGAUGCAGAUGGAAGACCACGAACGGCACAUGCCGCCGCCGCUCGCAGAAGACAGUGAGCCGGCUGUUGUAGAAGCCCACAUGCUUUGGCGGCAGACCAUCCAGUCUCUAAACGAGAAGCUCUGGCGAGAGCUGAAGGUGAUGGAGCCGAUCAUCCCGAACUCACCCACCCCCCACCCCUUCAUCGCCAUCCUCUCGCACCCCAAAGGCAAAAAAGCCGUCCCCCGCAUCUUCCGCCACAUCACCGACCAGCAGCGCAUCACGAUCCUCACCAUGAUCGUCGUGCACCUCGACGCGCUAGAUGUAAUCCGCAACGCUGUGCCCACCCACCUCAACGGCAUCGACCAGCCGAUCCCGGCCUCCGUCCGCGAAGACGUCGAGCUCUUCGCGCAGACGGUCCUCCCGCCCUUCUUCGCCUACCUCGCCGAGGCCCCGCUGAACAUCGCGACCGGUCUGCUGGGACUGGUGCUGGACCGUACGAACCUCACCGCCGUGGCGCGGACCAAGAUCGGCCUCCUCGUCCUCACGAUGUUCGUCUCCCGCGCCGAACUCCUCCGCCCCGUUCCCCCCGCCCCCCCAAGCGCGCAAGACGACUGGGUCCAGUGGACCGAGCUCUACACGCGCCUCUUCGACGCCGUGGAGCCGGUUCUGCCCUUCGUCUUCCCCGGCAGCGUCAACGACGCCGAGGACGUCUAUGUGUGGCAGUUCCUCGCGGCGAUGGGGGUCGGUGCGAGCCCGGAACAGCAGCAACGGCUCGUGUUGGGCGUCAAGGAGAGGGUUAUGGAGACGGUCGCGGCGUGUAGGGCGCUGCCGGAGGAGAUGCGGGCGCGCAGGCUCGGGGAUGUGAAUCUUUUUAUGAGGGCUAUUGGGUUGGAUGUUGAGUUGUUGGGGUAG